UAACAAACAACAGUUUUGGAAAGAUAGAUCUAGAAUCAGGAUAAAAUGGAUUUUGGCGGGAAUCGAGGCUUCGGGAAGGGGUCACGGGUCUCCGGAGAAAGGAAGAGGGGCUGCUCCGAUGAAAUUGAUGCGUAAUGGCGGCGUUUCUGCUUCCGAGAAGUUUUUAAAUGGCGAUUCGGCUCGCUGCAAUGUCUUAAAUCUUGUGCAUCCUUGUCGUUGUUUAAGAGGGUGAUGGUCCAAAAAAAAAGAAAGAGUCGAACGAGGACUCUAUUACCUUGCGGCAGAAAGAAAUAGACAGAGGUAGCGUGGGCGUGAUAGCACGCGCUUACCGUUGUUUAGAGUGAGAGAGAAUGAGAGAGCGCGCAACAGAGUGUGCGCACCUUACAGCAGGUCCCCGAUCAGACCUUUGAUGAUAGGAAAUCUACCGUGAUAUGUCCCCAAUUAGAUCUAACCAUCCGAUUACCACACUUGGGAAGCCAAGAAAUAAUAUUGACUGAAUAAUGCAAGGGUCGAGAAACAGAGCGACUGACUCACUCCAAAGCCAACUUGAACUUUGCUCGCUCGACGAUCGGCAGAUGACCGCCGCGCUCCGCGACUGCCUGCGGCGCCGCACCCACGCUCUAAUUCGUUUUUGGAAAUAAGGCCGGUAAUGCAGAAAGCUUUUUUAUACAACGGGGAAGAGUGGGAUAGCAGGAGGUCGAAGGAUAGUAAAGUAAAUAAAGAAGGGAAGAGAUUGUUGGAAUUUAUAAAGAAAAGAGAAUGGUUUGUUAUAAACGGGAGUAUAGAAGGGGAUGAAGAAGGGGAAUGGACGUACACAGAAGCAAGAGGGGAAUCUAUAAUAGACUAUGUGUUAGGAGAUGAAGAGGUAGUGGAGGAGGUGACAAAACUAGAAAUAGGUGAAAAAAUAGAUUCGGAUCACUAUCCAGUGAUAGUUUGGAUAAAGGGAAAGGAAGUUAAGGAGAGAAGAGGGAAAGCUAGAUCAGGUGGAUGGAAUAGGGGGAUAUGGGAUGAGAUGGGAAGGGAAAGAUUCAGGCAAGGUCUAAGGGACAUGGAAUGGGGAGGAGAGGAUAUUCAAAAGACGGUGAAUGAGGUGGAGAAAAAGAUUAGGGAUAUUUUGAAAAAAUCAGUAGAGGAGAAGAGGGGAGAAAAAGUGGGGAGGAAAGGGUGGUGGGACACGGAGUGCGCGAUAAGAAAAGAGGUAAGAAGGAGAUUAAGAGAAUGGAAAAAAGGUAAAAUAGGAGGAGAAAUAUACAGGGAGGAGAAGAAAGAAUAUAAGGAACUACGUUAUAAGAAAAAUGCAGAGUAGAACGAAAGAUGGGAAAGGGAGGUCGAAGAAGUGGCAACGGACAGACAGGUAUGGCAGGUUGUAAACAAGGAUAGAAAGAAGAAAAGGGCGAUAAAUUGGGGGAUAAAGAUGAAGGAAUGAGAAGGAUAUUUUAGGGGGCUAUUGGGGGGAAUAGAGAAAAGAGUGAGAUGGGGAGAGAGAAAAAAGAGGUUAAGAGAAGAAACGGAAAUUGAUAGGAUAGAAAUAGAGUAAUUAGAAAAUUAAAGGAGGAUAAAGCAAUGGGGAUAGCUAAAGCAGAUGGGAUUCCAAAUGAAGUGUAGAAAUACGGAGGAGAAAAAAUUAAAGAAUGGGUAUGGACAAUAUGUAACAGGGUCUGAGAAGGGGAAGGAUGGCCGGAGGAAUGGAAGGAGGGGGUGCUAGUACCGGUAUUAAAAAGCGGCAAGGAGAUAGAGUGGGGGAUUAUAGGGGUAUAACAAUAAUGCCUUUACAAAAUAUACGCGACGAUAUUAGCAGAUAGGAUGAGAGAUGAAGUUGAAGGAAGAGGGAUGAUACCGUCAAAUCAGACAGGUUUUAGGAAGAAUGGGAACAAUAGACAACAUUUACGUGCUAAAUUAUUUGGUAAACAGGAAAAUUAAUAAAAAAAGAGAAAAGCUAAUAGCAUUUUUGUGGAUCUGAGGGCAGCAUUCGAUUCAGUAGAUAGGAGGGAAGUGAUAAAGGCAAUGAGGGAAAGGGGGAUAAGAGAGGGACUAGUGGAAAGGACAGAGGAGGUACUAAGAGAAACGAAAAGUAGGGUGAGAAUAGGAAGUAAACUUAGUGAUAGUUUCUGGACGGCAAGAGGACUGAGACAAGAGUGCCCACUAAGCCCCACGUUGUUUAACAUGUUGAUAGCAGAUUUAAAGGAGCAACUAGGAAAAAUUGGGUGGGGAGGAGUAAGGCUUGGGGAAGAGAAGAUAUACGCUGAUGUUUGCAGAUGAUAUAGUAAUAUUAGCAGAGGAUGAAGGGAGCAUGAGAAGUAUGAUAGGUAGAUUAGAGGGAUAUUUAGAGAAAAAAGGAUUAGAGUUAAAUGCAAAGAAAUUGAAGAUAAUGAGAUUCAGAAAAGGAGGGGGGUAGAGAUUGCAAAGUGAACUGCUACUGGAAAAGUAGGAAAAUGGAGGAGAUAAAAGAAUGCAUUUAUCUGGGACACAAAUUUAAAAGAAACGGAGGGCAGGAGGCGCAAGUAAAGGAUAGAGUAGAGAAGACGGCGAGGGUUUUGGGACAGGUAUGGGGGAUAGGAAAAAGAGAGUGUUUGACAAGUUGGUAGGGACGGUAACAAGCUAUGGGGUAGAGAUAUGGGGGUGGAAAGAGAGGGAGAAUCUAGAAAGGCUACAGGAAAGGUAUUUGAGGUGGGUGUUAGGAGUAGAGGGAAGAACACCGGGAUACUUGGUCAGAGAGGAGCUUCAGAAGGAAAAAAAUGAGAAGAGAGGCAGGGAAAAGGACAUGUAGGUAUGAAGAGAUUAUUAAAAGGAGGGGGUAACGUUUUGGCUAGGAGCCGCUUAGAAGAAAUAAGGGAAAGAGCAAUAAAGGAGGACUAUCAGAGUGGGAGAUGGAGAGAAAGAGAUUCUUUGAAGAUAGAGGAAUAGCGCUAAGAGAAUGGGAAGAGACAAGGGAGGAGGGAGGGAAGGGGACGAUGAAUUGGGAAGAGAAAGACAGUAGGAUGCAAAAGGAAAAAAGGUUGGAAAAAAUACGGAACGGGAAUUUUAACAGGUAUUAUAAAUGGGUAAAAGAAGAGGGAAUCUCGGAAUACUUGAAGGGGUGGGGGGGGGAGGAAUAGAUGGAAAAGAAUAGCUAGAUUCAGGUUGGGAAAUAAAAUGAGAGAAGAUAAAUAUUGGGAGGAGGAAAAGAAAUUAUGUAAAUUAUGCGAAGGGGAGGAGGAGACAUUGGACCAUAUCUGCAUAGGAGAGGUGCAGAUCUUGGAGGGAAAGGGGAGAGUAAAGUUGGCAAUAUGAAGUAGGAAGGAUAUUAGCGGAUUAUGGAGGAGGAGAGGGAUGGAUGAGAGAGGUAGAGAAGGAGAGGAGAAAAAGGAUGGAGGAGGAAAGGGAGAGUGAAUGCGAGUAUGAAGAGUGUGUUAAAAGUAGAUAAAAAUGUAAACGGAAGUGGAAGUUCCGGAGAGGUAGGAGGCAGGAUAGGGAAUUAUAGGGUAGAGAGAGGCAUGGAGAGGUGAUGGCGACAUAGUUGUUAGAAAUGAGACGGCGAUAGGUAAGCGAGUAGGAAAUGCGCGGAGAAAUAGGCGAGCAAUGUGUGCGACGAAAAGAGGAA